AUGGCCGAAGCUUCACUGGCCACCUCAGUCGACCCACACCCUGAGGAGCCCAAUUGGCCUCGAAACUGGAGAGCUUACACCUGCUGGACCGGCUGCUUCUUUCUCAUGUUCAACUCAUGGGGGCUAGUCAAUGCUUAUGGAACGUUUGCUUCGUAUUAUGUAGGCAACUCGCUCCGAAACACUGGCCAGUUGGAGUUGAACUUGAUCGGCUCGAUGCAGUCCUUCUUGGUUUUGCUCUUUUCUACUCCAGUAGGUAGACUAUUGGAUGCUGGAUACUAUCGUAUUGUCAUCGCUACGGGUGCCCUCCUCGUCCCCGCAGGCAUGUUCACUCUUUCCUUAGUUCAUCCUAAAGAUAAGGAUGCCAUGGCCAACUACAGUGCCAUUCUAUGCACUCAAGGAGUCAUGGUGGGAAUAGGCAUGGCCUGUUACUUUGUUACAAGCUCUCAAGCAGUUGCCGCUACAUGGUUUCCAAACCGGAAAGGACUGGCCGUUGGCUUCGUUGCCUGCGGUGCUAGCGUAGCAGGUGUUGUAUAUCCUACAAUGACUCGUUACCUGAUUGAGGCUUUGGGUUUCGUUCAGGCUGUACGAGUAGUUGCUGGACUUGUUUGCUUGACGUCCGCCUUUUCAUUCUUCUUUGCUGUCCCCAAUCCGGCACAUACCCACCCUAAACCCCAAACUUGGUCGGCUGUCGGCACUUGGAUUGACGUCGAAGCCUUCAAGAACAAGUCCUUUCUCUGGUUUUCCGCCGCAGUUGCCUUUCUCUUCUUCGGAUUCUACCCUGUUUUCUUCAACCUUGAAGAGUGGGCCGCAGUGUCUGGUUAUGGGACGCGUGAUGGUUCAUCUGUACCCAUGCACGUCCAACAAUCCAGCGACAAGCCUCUACAGACAUUCUGGUUGCUCACCAUCAUGAAUGGUGCCUCGACCGUUGGUCGCCUCACCAUGGCCGCAUUCUCGGACAAGACGGGGCCUCUCAACAUGCACAUCAUCGCACAAGUCAUCUGUUCCCUACUCGUGCUCAUUCUCUGGUCCCUCGCCAGGUCGACCGCCGCAGCCAUCGCCUUCUGCGUUGUCUUUGGCGUCUUCUCCGGUGCCGUCAUCGGCCUUCCCCCAGCCUCGAUGGCAAACGUCCUCAACUGCACGUACAACACGCCCUCUUCGAAACACAUUGGCCACGCGAAGUUGGGACAGUGGGUAGGCAUGAUGUACAGCAUGGCAGCCAUUCCAGCCUUGACGGGCCCAGUCAUCGCCGGCUAUCUUGUCACCCAGUAUUCCGACUACAUAACCGUACAAGGCUGGGCAGGCGCCAACCUUAUGAUCUCAGCUUUCUGCAUGAUGGGCUGCAGGUGGACUCUCCCCUGCAAGGACGGCGAGCUUGUAGCGACCAAAGUCGCCCGCAUGCGAGGAACGCUCCGCGACGUCGACGAGGACGAGAAGACGAUCUCCGGUGGCUACGAAACAGAGAGCGACAACGAGGUCCGAAAUGGCCUUUCCGAAGCCACCACCCGUGUCCCCUCGAUGCGACAGAACUCGGAUGUAAAGAUUGCUGAGGUCGGCAACACCGAUGGCGUCCUUGGCUCCGACAAGAACGUGUAAGCCAUGGUCGCAGUCACCGACCUUUCAAAAUUCCACCUCCCCAUUGCCAUCCCUUUUAGCCUCGGGAGGGAGGGGGAAAUGCAUCUCGGCGUUCUAUUGGAGUUUGGUACGAUACAAGCAUCAGAGGUUGUUCUCCUUACUUUUCCUUCUUUUUUUACCUCAAGAUUUCUGGUAACGACAUUUCCUUAUUUUCCCAUCUGAUUCACAUGUAGUUUUCCUUGACACACACAGAUCACACACGUGCUGGUAUC